UGAGAAACUCAGGUGUUGACGCCAAGUCUUUGAGAGCAGGGGUUGCGUCAAGUCGCAAAAAGUGAAGCUCGCUUGCCUGAAAGAAGCAGGGAUUCCGAACUCGGCGAAGAAAUUGAACGCCCAAGACCCGUUGUUGCAGUGUGCUUUCAAACCCCAAGAGAUUUGGGAGCUCAUGUGUAAGAUCAUGAGCAUGUGGCAGAAGGGCGAGGUCAAAGGCGAAAAACUGAAGCCGGCUGCGAGGAGCUUCUUGAAAGUGGACCAGGAUCUGGAAACGAGCGAGUCCGAGGGCGCGAAGAAAAGCCAGCGUGGGAAGAGGCUUGAUAGGGCGGCUGCGAAGGAACAAGAAAUUACGCUUAUUUAUCCACGGGUGCAACUGCAGGGUAACAAGGUCCCCAUGGUUGCCCAGGACAUGCCAGCGCAACACUGGAUAGCCAUGGGUAGUAUAGCUCUAGAGAACGCCGUCCCUGUCCUCCUUGAGGUCAUUGCGAAGCAGAUCUCGCUCAAGGAGAUGGAGAAGAAGUUCCAACUUGUCAAGCAAAUCGCCUACGUCUGCAAAGCAUUCGCAAUGGGGGUGGGCGCUGCUGACUUCAAGGACGCCGGGAAGGAGUAUCCUCUCCACACAAAGAAAGAGAUUUUGGAGAAGUUCGUUGGUGGCAUCAAAAGGGGUCAGACGAGUAUCCCCGCACUGGAUGGUCGUAUUAAAUGGGCCAUUGAAUGGAAGAACAAGGAGAGGAGACUGCAAGCGACGAACGCUAUUCACGCGUUCCGUACGAAACCUCCCGUGGAACAGUUCGUCGAGUGGACGGAGGUGACACACGACAAUGACUCGGAGGAAGUGAAAAUUAUCAAUGUCGACAUGCGCUUGUUGUCGAAGCUGCAGACAGAAAAGUUGCCGAUAUCUCUGGCUAUUUUCGACUUCCCUUACGGGUUCGCGCACGAGGGCCACGCAUCUGAUAAUGAGUCGUUUUCGGAGUCGGACGUUGUGGAGGUUCUUCACAAUCUGAAGGACGUUUCCAGUGCCCCGUUGUGGACAGUUGCGGGAUUCUGUUCCGUGGACAUGCUUCCUUCCAUCUGUUCCCCGUUCCGGGAGGUUUGCAAUGCAGGGCAGGAGCUUUUGACGUGGUGCAAGCCUAAUGUGACGAAUCCGGGUGGGCCACGGCUUGUGAGUGCGACCGAAUUCUGCGUGCUCGGCUACUACAGUGAGAGUGGGCAGCGCGAGAUGGCGCAUUACAAUUUUGAUCCCACUGAUAUGCGUCACAAUUUCCAGCUCUUCAAUGCUGUGACGCAGAAGUACCAGCACCCUCGUGGCGAUGUUCUCUGCCCGUACCAGAAGCCGUAUACUUUGUACUCCUCUCCCGCAGGGCCCUGCGUUCUGGAUGGUUUCUCUUGUUCCGGUACAGGCGCCAUAGUGUGCGUCAAGGCAAAUCGGAAUUGCCUUGAGGUAGAGAUAAACACCAAGUGCGCUAAGGGCAUCGUCACGAGGCUUCUGACAGACAUCGGCGGCACACUUGCGCGCGAAACGCCAAAGCGGAAAGAAAAGGUCGCACAAGGCAGCCCGACCUCUAAGUUGUCUGGGGAUACGAAGUCUGGCGGAAAUGAACUCGUGCCCGAUGAAAACACGGGCACUGCUGCUGGAGUGGCGGACAGCGCUGAGGCUGUCGUUGUCGGGCCGUCAGGUGCGAGUUUGCCAACUGUCGAGGUUGCUGCCGGUCCGUCCGGUGUGGAGCAAACUGUUACCGGUGCUGAACCCGCUUUCGUUCUGUCUCUUCCCGGUGAGGGUAGACCCGUGCCUGCUUCCAUGCCUGAGCCCAGCAUUGUUCCUGAAGCUAGACCAGAGGCUAAGCUGACCCCUGCGUCCGGGCCUGUUCCCGCUGCUGCAAAUGCUCAGCAGAGUGUCUUGAGCCUCGCCAUGAGCCAGGAAUCGAGCAGGACCACCGUUGGCGGCAGGAAGGGGCGCAAACGAAAGGCAGGCGGUGAAGAGGUGUCGAGUCCGCAUGGUGGGGUAGCGUUUGGCCUCAAGGCCAAUACUCGCUCACGGACUGCGAAGUGACUGAGGCCACACCGUAUCCUUUGGAUAUAGGCUUAUAUGUCAUGUGGGGACACGCACUUUCGAUA